CUCCGGGUCGGAGGUAUCCGUACAAGGCGACUAGCGGGCCUCACGCUUGGAAUAUAAAUACCACUCAAUCCGUGGUAAUGCGGCGCUUGAUGGAGUUUGUCUCUUACCAUUUCUCUCGACUCAUAAACCUUCAAUAUGCACUUCAACGCACUCCUGUCUGGCGCUGUCGCCGCCCUGCUCGCCGCCGGCGUCGCUGCCGACUGCUCCCCAACCCACCCCAUCGGCGACAAGUGCCCGUCCACGAGCGAGGGUGCCUACUUCUGUGACCCCUCAUGCUCCAACGUCAUUAUCUGCCACGAUGGUGUCGUCCAGCUGAACAACAAGUGCAACCCGGGCUGCUGCAAGUACCAGAACGGUGGCAUUCCUUACUGCUCUUGCUAGAGGGGUUCAAAUUGGAAGGGUCGUAGACAGAAAGAAACAUGUUGUACUUCUCCAAAUAGUGUCAAUGUAAACGCUACGAGGACGCGACGCUGCGCGUCUUUUGCAGCAUUAGCCGAUGA